AUGGCUGAGACUCAAACACAACCCAAACAAAAUGGCCAAAUAACGGCCCCUCCAGCGCAAGCUGGUGCCAAGAACACAAAUCCUCAGAAACGGGGCCCUUCCAUCCACCAAAUUUACGCUCUUCCUGCCCCAAUCCGCACAUUUCCGCUUCCAGCCUUCUACCCCAAUAAUCCGAUAUCAUUAUUCACCGUCGCAUAUGCAUGGCUUCGGCAGACGUUUGCACCGCCACCUGCGGAACCGGCUGUCGUCCACCAAGGCAUAUGGUCGGAGAAAACCUUCUCCGUGCAUAUCACUGAUGAAAAGUCAAUGAGGGCAUUGUGGGAACAGGGAUUCUACGGCAAGGGCAGUUUGAGUCGCAGUGAGCCGAAUUGGUUGAAACGGGAGCAAGUUCGUAGAGGAUUGCAGGAAACACAUGUCAGUGAAAUCCUGACUGUGCAAAGGCGAGAAGAGCGAGUCCAGGCCAAGUGGGAGAGAGCACGACUGGAGCAGGAAGCAAUUCGGCAGACGCGACUGAAAGAGGCUCAGCAAGCCGAAGCUGAUAGCCAGUCUAAGCUGGCAACCCUGCUACCGCCUAUGGCUCUGACGCCUCCGUCCGUGGUCGCGCCCGUUGGUCCCCUGGAGCUGCUCUCUCUCCCCAACUCAGACGACGACGCGGCGAGGAAAUCCAAGGCUGUCAAUGACACGAUUAUUGCAGUGCGAGCCGCAACACAGGCAAUAACAAUUCCACUGCCAGUUGAUAUCGUACCGCCCAGCAUUCUAGAGACGAGCAACGGCAUCAUUGACACCAACGUUGUUACCGCUGCGUCCCUUGAAAGUGACUCGCCAGAGUUGAACGGUCAGCCAAAUGGCCUCAACAUUGCGACGCCACAGCCACCGGCAUCUGAAGCAUCAAGUGACUCUACAGAAGACAAGUCUCUGAAGCGCCAAAAGAGCGUUCGCUUCUCUCCCAAAGUGGAGUCGACGACUUUCAACCUGGCAGAUCCGCCAAGCCCACAUCACUCCCUCAACGGGAAAAACAAACAAUUGUACUUGAACGGAGACACCAAUGGGUCUGCAACGCCCGAGCAAGACAGGAAGCUCUCCGCAGAGGAUUCGGAGACCACCAUUGUCAACAAAGAACACCUUCAGCUUACACCUGAGGAGGCAUUCUUUCUCACAUUUGGAUUCGGGGCACUUUCUAUCACGGAUCCAAGUUCUGGCAACAUCUUGUCAACCAAGGAAUUACUGACUUUGUUUCGGCGAAACUCUUUUUUCCCUCCCCGAACGGGAGAACCAGACGAGCCGGACCUUGAGCCGGACGAUGGCUUCUUGAUUCACUACGCAGUAUACCACCACUUCCGAUCUCUUGGGUGGGUGCCACGCGGAGGCAUCAAAUUCGGAGUCGACUGGCUUCUCUACACGAGGGGACCAGUGUUUGACCAUGCCGAAUUUGGCCUCAUUGUCAUCCCAUCCUACUCUGACCCUUGGUGGAAGAGUAGAGGGAGACGGGGGCCACAAAAGACAUGGCACUGGCUACACAGCGUUGUACGUGUAUUAUCUCAUGUUAUGAAGAGUCUUGUAUUAGUGUAUGUGGAUAUCCCGCCGCCACCAAGAUUCGAUGCGGCCCUGGAGACGGGCUACGCAGAGGCAUUGAAGCUGUACAAGGUGCGGGAAAUCAUGGUGAAGCGGUGGUCGAGCAAUCGCAAUCGAUAG